AUGAAAAUUGUAACAAACUCGACCAACCCGUCAACUGGCCCAACAAUUUAUGCAAUGAUUUCGAACUAUUUUUGGUCAAGAAUUUUUGUCUUUGGAGUAACUGGGAAUGCUAAAGCAGCAUCGUAAAUUUUUUUUUAAAUAUUUUAUAAACAAAAUUAGGAUUUUGGAAAUUGUUUUUUUGGGAUCAGCAGCUCCUUUAAGCCACAGGGAAAUGUUUUUUUAGAAAAAAAGGUUAGGUUUUAAAAAAAUUUUUCGGCCCUGCUGUAAGCUUUGGGAAAUUUCACAAAUUAUAAUAAGACUUCUCAUGGGCCUUCUUUUUCUUCAGGACCUUCUUUUGUAUUGCUCGAGAAGUUAGAAACUGAAUACCAAUUUUUUAAGUCUUACAAAAA